AUGAUCAAUUCGAACCUCUACAAUUUUCAUUUUGAUGCAGAUGUAAUGGCAGCAAACGAUCUUUAUGACAGGACUUCCGGAGAGGAAGAGCAUAUUCUUCCUCUGCCAAACUACAGACAACUAGCCUAUGCCCACAACGGACCUCCCACAUCUCGGACAGUGAUUAUAUUCUUCCCUGGCCUCUUUGGCAUCGGACGCGCACCGCGAGUCCCUGAAACAUGCCGCGAGCUCCAAGCACAUUUCAUCGCGCCGACCCUCCCAGGAAUGGGAAAUACCAGCACCCGCGACAAAUCAGUGCCCUACCAAGUCUCACUCGCCAAAGACAUAACUGCGCUCCUCUCCUACCUCUACCCGACAAAUGAGUUUGAUACUCUCUAUCUAUCCGGCGGAUCUUACGGCACUGUCCCCGCACAGAUGCUAUAUGGAGCUUCCUAUGAGCUAUUCCCCGCCGGACGCAAGAUCGCAGGCUGCCUGUUGAUUGCUGGCUUCUCUCCGCUGAAAUACCACAAAGGUUAUGCGAAAACACUCAGUUGGCAGAAUUGGUUUUCGUUUGGUCCGCCCACGCAACUCCUCCCUUUCCAUCUUUUACAGUGGUUAUUUCGGGGUAUUAUUGGGUCGCGCAUGGGUACUCAAGAUGGCGCUGAAGCGUUUCUACGUCAACAGAUCUUCAGUAAGAUGGACGACGGUGAAAGAUCUAAAUUCAAGCAGUGGCUCGACAUAAACGACUUGAGCGAGGAUACGUUCAUCACACAAAUGGCUCGUGAUACUCUCAAAUCCAACAAAAACUGGGAUGGAUUCAUGGAGGUAGCGGAUGUGUUGCAUUCAGAUUGGGGAUUUGAGCCCGAAAAGCUUGAUGAUGAGCAUGUGUCGAAACCUGUACUCGUUGUCGGCUCAAGCGCUGACGAUCUCGGUGGAACGAGUAACGACUGGCUUGUGCAGAAUUAUAGGUCUGUGAGGCUGAAAUUAUUGCCUGGGGGUCAUAUUUCGGCUCUGUUCUAUAUGGAUGAACUGUGGAAAGAAUUGUUUGAUACUGUACUGAGGACAUGA